AUGGGCGAGAUAGAUAUCGAGUGUGUGUUAAAGAAGAGGGAGAGAGUGAACGAAACCAGAGCCUUAGAUAGUAUCCGCGUGCAAGCCACCUCUGAGUCCAAUCAAGACACCACACCGCCAUCUGCUGAAAGGCGCGCGGCACCCUAACGCGUGAUCCAAAAGUAAAGCAAUUUGAAUUGAUGUAAUUCAAAUACCGGGUGCCACAUUAGGUGCGUAAGGCACACCUGCCUUACAUCUGCCACCACCACCGCAGCCAGACGAUCUCAGGAGCUUCUGGAAGGCGGUCAACUCGAAGGCACUGACAGCGAGGGAGAGGGAAGUUUGGUUCAAGCUGAUUCUCCGCUUCACCCCGACGCGCAAGCUCCAGCACGAGCAAAAGCAUGACACUUCUCCCGCGUGCCUCGUGUGCGAAGCGCCGGUGGACGACACCGAUCACUACUUCUUCGGCUGCGUCGACUCGCGGAACGUCUGGACCGCGGCAAGGGGCGUGCUCUGCGACGCGCUCGGAUGCGACACGAUCGAGGACGCCGAGUACACGACACUACAACGACUCUUUGGCCUCCCCAAGCUCAAGGCCAAGCUCAGCGAACAGGAAGGCGCAGGCAGGUGA